UUUUGAUGGCGGACUAUCAUCAUGCCACUAUGUUCAGUCUGGGCAAAUCCAAUGCUCGGAAUGCUCGCCACACUCGUUUGGUCCCAGGUGUGAAAAGUGUCACUACGGUUACUUCUAUAGGAAUGGAUAUUGUGUACCUGAAUCAGAGAAAGGUUGCAGACCUGGACAAUUCCUAACAGAACAAGACCAAUGUGUCAACUGUUUCUGCUUUGGUUCAGUUACUGAAUGCUCACCUGUUACUCACGCCAGAGCUUUUAUAAAUUCUUCUUUUGGUGUUUCCUCUCAAGAGUUUGAUGGAUUUACUGUAGUGCUUAAUAGAGGUGUCUUGGAAAGUGAAAUAAUAAAAAUAAAUCCCGGCCCUAAAUAUGGGAUGAUUCACAUCAACACGCCCCACAGGGAAGAUGCUUAUUGGAUUCUCCCAUCAAAGUAUUAUACAUACCCGCUGUCUUUAUACAAAGGUGCAUUGAGAUACACAGCCUCCUACUACAGCAGUUACCCAUUUCAUUAUGGAAAACCUGACGUUAUUUUGCGGGUAGAAGACACGUCUCAGUUUCUCUAUUAUACAUACCCAGACAAUACCUUCCCGGUUGAUACUCCAAAGGAAUUUGUCAUUCCUUUAUAUGAGGCUGGCUGGGUAGAUGCACAAAACAAUCCCGUAUCAAGAGAUACAUUCAUGGGUGUUUUAAAAAGUCUCCAGAGUAUUUGGGUCAGAGCAAAGUUUUCAACUGGCGUUGAUGUCGAAGAUAGAUUGUCAGCUGUCAGUGUUGAGUACUCCGUCAGAGAUUAUGAAGUGGAACUGGGUCAAAAUGGCUACCCAAUCUUAGAAAAGUGUCACUGCUUGCCGGGUUAUCAAGGCCAGUGGUGUGAGGAUUGUCAACCUGGCUAUAGAAAAACCGUGGAUGAUAUGCAUUACGUGCAUUGCGAACAGCUUGAUAAUAUCCAAUGUGACCCAAGAACUGGUCAUUGCCAAGGCUGCCCUCACAACACCGUCGGCAGAAACUGCGAAUGCCCGCAUGGGUUCUACAUGGAUCGUGCAAACAACUGCGAGCCAUGCCUUUGUCCUGUCGAUGCCUCCAUCGAUGGCAGAGAAAAAGUAAGUUGCAGUUUGUCGAGCGUUGGCACUCUUGUGUGCCACAAUUGCCCGGUGGGAAGCACUGGCAGUCGAUGCGAAAGGUGUUUGUUUGAUUACGAAGGCGAUCCCAGCAUUUUCGGCGGAAGAUGUGUACCAACGUCGGAUGUUCCACGGCCUCCAGUUAUUGAAACUUCAGAUGGAGACCAAAAGAUUGAUGACAAAAGCUUCGGAGACACAAUGUAAUUGAUUUUUUUAAACUUUCUGAAAUUUGGAAUCAACGCUAUAUUCAUUUAUAAAUUAUAAAUGAUAUUAAUUGAAUUAUAAUAAAAAUACAUCCUCAA